UCUAUUGAAUCAAAUCGUAGACAACUCCACCGAACCGAAGCAGCCAUUUUAGCAUCUCCGCAGAACAGAAGGCGAACGGAGACAUUUGCGACUUUUGAAUAAAAAGAUUGGAAGAAAAUAAGUGUUGAUAUUUUUCUUUGGGAAGAGAAAUUGAACGGCCGAAUGACGUUGGGAGUGACAGCAAUCAUGGCUCGGAGGCUCUUGUAUUCACAUUUACCUUCCAUGCACGCAUCUAAGCUUCUUCUCUCUCGCCAGAUGAGCAUGGAGGCUCAAGGAGUUGCUGGUAAGCUCAAGAGUUCUGGUAUAUUGCGAACUCAAGGUCUAAUAGGAGGAAAAUGGAUCGAUGCAUAUGAUAAGAAGACUAUCAAGGUUAACAAUCCAGCGACUGGUGAAAUCAUAGCUGAUGUCCCAUGCAUGGGGGGAAGGGAGACCAAUAAUGCUAUAUCAUCAGCGUAUGAUGCCUUUAAUUCUUGGAGUAAACUUACAGCUACUGAGAGGAGCAAAUGCCUGAGGAAGUGGUAUGACCUACUAAUUGCACACAAAGAAGAGAUUGGACAACUAAUAACCUUAGAACAAGGAAAACCUUUGAAAGAGGCCAUGGGUGAGGUUGCCUAUGGGGCCAGUUUUAUUGAGUUCUCUGCGGAGGAGGCAAAACGUAUAUAUGGGGAUAUAAUUCCAGCGACUUUAUCUGAUCGUCGGUUGUUUGUACUAAAGCAGCCUGUAGGAGUUGUUGGUGCCAUUACACCUUGGAACUUUCCGUUGGCAAUGAUUACUCGGAAGGGUGCUGUAAAUGUGGUUAUGGGAAAUGCUCCUGAAAUUGGGGAUGCUUUAGUUGCAAGUUCACAGGUAAGAAAGAUCACAUUCACCGGAUCAACUGCAGUUGGGAAGAAGUUGAUGGCAGGGGCUGCAGGGACUGUUAAGAAGUUAUCUCUUGAACUUGGUGGAAAUGCACCCUGCAUAGUCUUUGAUGAUGCAGAUUUGGAUGUGGCUGUAAAAGGAGCGCUGGCAGCGAAGUUCCGCAAUAGUGGGCAGACAUGUGUUUGCGCCAACCGAGUGAUUGUGCAAGAUGGUAUCUAUGACAAAUUUGCAGAUGCUUUUUCAAAAGCAGUAGAGAAACUGCAAGUAGGGAUGGCUUUACUGUAUUCCCUUAACUAUGGUUUGCAGGUUGAAUCAUUCGUCGAAGAUGCUAUGUCAAAGGGAGCAAAAAUCCUUCUUGGUGGUAAAAGACAUAGCCUUGGAAUGACAUUUUAUGAGCCUACUGUUAUUGGUGAUGCCAAGAAUGAGAUGCUUAUUUCUAGAGAGGAGGUGUUUGGACCUGUGGCACCUCUUUUGCGGUUUAAAACUGAGGAGGAAGCAAUUCAGAUUGCUAAUGACACAAAUGCAGGGUUAGCUGCAUACCUAUUUACAAACAAUGUUCAACGUACAUGGCGUGUCUCUGAGGCUCUUGAAUAUGGAAUUAUUGGUGUAAAUGAAGGGCUAAUUUCAACAGAGGUUGCUCCAUUUGGAGGUGUCAAACAAUCCGGUCUUGGAAGGGAAGGAUCCAAAUAUGGGAUGGAUGAAUAUCUAGAAUUAAAAUACGUAUGCUUGGGGGAUAUGAACAGAAAAUAGUGUGCAAGGUAGGUUAAUGGGGGAGAGUGCAGUCUCAAGAGUUGGUUCUGUGAGGUAAAGGAUGAGCCCCAAGAUAACCCUCUCACAGCUUCACUGCAAAUAACUGUGUUUAAGCUAAGCAUCGUGUUCUAGGUGCGUAGUAUCAUGCUUAAGCAUUGUUGGUCGAUGACGAAGUUCCUUAUAAAUUGAGUUGACAAGAUGAAAUAAAAGAAAACAAGAAUUGUUUUUAUAAAAAUAAUUUUAAAAAAUGAAACAAGAGUCAUGUUGUUAUUUUGGCAAAAAUUACUUUGUAAACCUCUUUGCUAGAGGGGAAAACUUUCCGGUUUUGUUGGAAAAGGAUGAGUAGAUUUCAAAGAGUAACACUCAGUUUGCCUGAAAUAAAAAAUCGAAUUUGUGAUAUGAA